AUGUUAAACCUUGUGCGACUGGAUCUGGAAGUUCCAAUGCUAACAAAUCUAUUGAACUUUGAGACGGACUUUUUCCAGAGUUUCAUUGACAUUGUCAAAUGGAUUGACAAAAUCAUUUCCAUGAAGUACAAGACCCACUUUCAAAAUCACACCAACUGGACGAUUGCAUUGGAUCGCGGCUACUUGGAUAUUUUGGAUGACAAUGACAUGGCGGAUAAUGAUUUCAUACUCGAUGCAAAGUAUGAAGCAACAACUGGUGUUGAAGUUGCUUCCAAACAAGUCCACUUGACGAAAACACAACAAGAUCAAUUGGCAACAGCAUUGGAAAAUACGCAAGAACUUUUUGAUGGCAACCUUGGACACUACAAACACUAUGGCUAG